UCGGAUAUCGCGAUAUAAGGUAUACUAUAUAUAAUACAUAGUAUACUAUAAAGGUAUUCUAGAGAAAAGUACUACAGUAAUAGUAACUCGCGACCUCGUGAGUAAUACUGUCCCAGAUUGCUUUUGUGUACGUGUAUGCACAGGAACUAUGAUUACUAAAGUUAAGGAGCUGCGUUACAUAGUGGAUUGAACCAAGGACCGUAAAGGAAUUUGUAAAACUGCUGUUCUGCCGAAACUAAUUAAGCGAAACUUUGGUACGGAUAGAUGUUCCCUGGAGGUUCCACGUGAGAAAACAACUGGUACGACGGAUACGUACUUUCCAUGUCACGGACGGUGUCAAAAACAACACAUUGCUGAAAAAUUUAUGGACCAUGGGUGCGAGUAAUUGCAAAACUUUUUCCGUCAAGAAUUCUCGCAAUGCAGGAGCUAAAAACUCUGCGGCUAAUGGUAUAUCAGAACGUGCCGACUACGUCGAGGGCGUCGUAUGCAAUGAGAAGGAUAUUAACGAAAAUGAAAUGAAAAUGUUGCCUUUGGGAGACGACGGUGGUAAAAUUUUGUUGAUCAAACAAAAAGGCGAGUUACACGCAAUUGGUACGAAAUGUACGCAUUAUGGUGCUCUGAUGCAUACUGGUGCACUCGGUGAAGGAAGAGUUAGAUGCCCUUGGCACGGAGCAUGUUUCAAUAUAAAAACUGGAGACAUAGAGGACUAUCCUGGUUUGGAUUCUUUACCCUGUUACCAGGUAACGGUAAAUAACAAAGGCCUUGUAAACGUACGUGCGAGACGCAAAGAUUUGGAACUUAACAAACGAACCAAGACAAUGUGUAAAUUUGAUGCUGCUAAUAAAAAAAUGGCCGUAAUAAUUGGUGGUGGUCCAUCUGGAGCAACGUGUGCAGAAACUCUGCGACAGGAAGGUUUUACGGGUCGUAUUGUAAUGGUUUGCAAAGAACCAAUAUUACCCUAUGAUAGGUGCAAAGUGUCAAAGACUAUGGAUUUUGAACUUGAAAAGGCACUGUUGAGGCCGCAGUUGUUUUACGAUGAAAAUAAAAUUGAAACUAAGCUCAAUGUGGAGGCUACAGCUCUAGACACCAAUGCUAAUAUCGUAAAAUUGAGUAGCAACGAGGAAUUGAAAUACGAUUAUUUAUACAUCGCUACAGGAAGUAAAGCUAGAAAACCUGACGUGCCAGGUGCUGAUCUGGCUAACAUAUUUGUCAUGAGGAACCAUGCGGAUUCUGUUGGAAUUGUUUCACAACUCUCUCUAGAAAAACAUGUAGUAGUACUUGGAUUAAGUUUUAUUGGAAUGGAAGCUGCUGCUUAUUGCAUUGGAAAAGUUGCAUCCGUUACGGUCGUAGGACGAGACACUGUUCCGUUUAGGGCUGUUUUCGGACCAGAAAUCGGUGAAAGAGCUAAACGGGAGCAUGAACUAAAAGGAGUGAAAUUCAUAUUUGGCACGAAUAUUGCGAAGUUUAUACCGAAUGAAGAUGAUACUGCUGUAAAAGAAAUUGAAUUACUGAAUGGCACUGUUCUUCCUGCUGAUAUUGCUAUUAUGGGCAUUGGUUCCACUUUCUUUACGGAAUGGCUUAAGGAUUCUUCCUUGGAAAUGAAAGAGGACGGUAGCAUAGUGACGGAUCAGUAUUUAAAAACAAACAUAGAAAAUGUUUAUGCUGGUGGAGACAUAGUGUACGCACCGGUAUAUAGUUCUAAUAAUGAACGAGCAGCUAUUGGUCAUUAUCCUCUUGCCCAUUACCACGGAAAAAUAGCCGCACAAAAUAUUUGUGGAAAACUUACACCCCUAAAAGCCGUUCCAUUCUUCUGGACGACGUUAUUCGGCAAGAGUUACCGCUACGCGGGUUACGGUAAAGCUGACAAAAUCAAAAUUCAUGGUUCCCUUGAUGACUUAAAAUUUUUCACCUAUUACUUCAAAGAUGGCAAGGUCAUAGCUAUGAGCAGUGUGGGAAGAGAUCCCAUAGUGGCGGAUUUCGCUAAUUUACUUUACGAAGGUCGAGCGCUGACUGAAGAAGAAGUAGAAAAAGAUCCCGUUGCAUGGAUGAGGCAUAAACCCAAGGAUUUUAUUAAGAAAGAUACUUCCUCUGAAAAAUCCAAUGCACCGGUGCCUGAUAUUAAAUCGGACAAGGGAUAUUUUGGAAAUCAACAAGGAAGGUCAUAUCAUACAUUAGCACUAGUUCGACCACUGGUGUAUGAUAUAAGACAAACAAGGACAAAAAUAUUUAAUUACAGAAAUUGUCUGAAAUAUUUAAGAUACUUUCAUAUAACAAGAAUGCUUUAAUUCAAAUUAUCAAUAAUCCCACAAUUUGUAAUUGCUACAAUAUAAUUUUUUCUUAUUUUAAUACAAUAUCUUCAUGGUAUAAUAGUGUAAUGUAUAAAAGUAAAUUGAUUAUCUAUAUUAUUAGAAUUUACUUUGUAUACUUCUUAUGUCAAUUAUUAUUUUCAGUAAUAUAAAACAAUAUGUGCGAUCAAUAAUCAGUGAUGAGUCUUCUGAGGAUUAAGUAAUGGCAAGGACUCAAUUGUAUGUAAUGAAAAAGAGGAGAAAUAGAACAAAUACUUCUAUGUACUAUGA